AUGGGUGAUAUGAUUGAACUUGAACCUUUAGAUGCACCAAACAUUCGAUUUCAAGAUGUACGAGAGAAUGUUAGAUGUAUCGAUUGGUGUAGAGGAGGUGUCGACGAUGAACAACAACAUUGCAAGUUGAGUGAAGACUCUUCACUUUUAACAGUAUCCAACGUAUACGGUUACGUGUUUGUAGUGAAUAAUAAGGGAUCGAUUGUCGUUCUAAAAGUAGACACUCUUCUCAAAUCACUAUUAUCAACUACAAAUAAACCAUCGAAAAAUGGAGCAGUAGACAUAUCAUCAUCUCAUAACAACAAAGAUUUAUUUGUUGCAACUAUCCAAGCACCUCUUAUCCCAGUCAAUGACAAGAAUUGCAAAGUUACAUUAUCAUUGUCACACGAUGACUUGUAUCUAGCUGUAGCUUUCAAUAAAUCAUUAAUGAUUUAUUCAAUUGUAGAUAUCAUUUCAAAUAAUAAAACACAACAACCAUUGGUCAAGAUUGAAUCGAGUAAAUUUGGAGACUCAAAUAUAAAUACUAUCGAAUGGAAGAAAGACGGUUAUCAACUAUUGAUCGUCACUCAGAAAAAUGAAUUGUAUCUCCACGAUAAACUAGAUGCAAAUAAUAUCACUCAUUUGAAAACAUCCUCUCCUAUUGUUACUGCAUGUUGGAACAAAGGAAAUACACCAGACGAAAUAUUUUUGGCAAACGUCGAUGGCAGUGUACACGUAAUUACACAAAAUAAUCCUUCUAAAACAAUUAGAUCAAUCCCCAAACAUCCAAGCAUUGGUGAUGAAUUUACAACAUAUUAUAUUAAAUUUAUAAAUGAUUUUAUUGUAUUGAAUUAUCAUUAUUAUGAGGAUGAAGAAAGUGGAUAUGAAAACAAUGAGAUUUAUAUUUAUGAAAGUAACCUAUCACCAAUUCCACAAGUUUAUUAUCCAGUUGCAAUGCCACGUGGAACUUUAAAUACAUUUCAUUUAGAUUUUAUUGCUGAAUGGAAAACUGCAUGUUUAUUAUCAAAUGAUGGAUCAGGAGUUGAAUUAUUUAAUAUUGUUGAUAAAAGUUGGACACCAUUAAAUUUAAAUGAUGAUAGUCGAUCUGAUAUAUCUAGAGAACGGUAUCCUACAGGCAUGUCAGUAGUUAGAUGCUUUAAUCAAAGUCCAACCAACGUAGAUGGAUUGAAUUUAAAGGAACCGUUUACAUCUCCAGUACCAUGUGUAUUGAUAUUGGAUACUGCUUGGGAUAUCAAUUGUUUUAAUCUAUUCAAUUUGGAUAUUAAAUCUACACCCAAUCUAAUUCAAUCUCCAAAACCACUCCCAAAAGUAUCAGCAGUAGUUCAGUCACCACCAUUAUCAUUGUUUAGUAAUCCAGCUACUAGUGGGUCACCACCAGUGCCAACUUUAUUUGGUGGUGGUAGUUUAAUUUCACAGACAUCACCAACAACAUCAUCAACAAAAGGAUCAGCAACAACCACUUUAUUUGGAAAUGGAUUAACAGCUUUACCUGGCACACCAACAGCUACUACACCAACCUUUAUGAGUUUACCUACUCCAACCAAUAUAUUCGGACCACCACCAUCAUCCACAACCAACAAGACGGCGACUAUCACCUCCUCUCAGCCACCAACCAACAUAUUUGGAACAUCAUCUACAAUCAACUUUGCAACUCCACCAUCUUCACAAUCUCCAAUAUUUGGCGGUUCUCCUCCUACUACCACCACCAACUUCAGUGUUUCACAACUUAAUAAUACAACCUCACCACCAACACCAUCAUCUAUAUUUUUCGGUAAACCUGCUGCUCCUGCUGGUACUGUUUCUGCAGUUACACCUCCAGCUAUUCAACCAUCCAAUUUAUUUGGUUCAACUACCAAACAAACUACUUCAGCUGCUGUUUUUGAUGGAGGAUUUAAAUCUCUUCAAACUACACCCACAGCCAAUAAUAAUAAUAAUAAUAAUAAUACUACGACUUCACCACAAAAUCAAAAUACAUCUUCACCAAUUAACCAUAACAAUACCAAUUCAUUACAAGUACAAAAACCACCAGGAAAAAAGAUUGCAAAAUCAUAUGAAGCAGCAAUGGGUCAAGGUCAAGGUCAAGGUCAUUCAGCAAUGUUUAAACCAAUUGAUACUCCAUCUAAACAAUCCAAUGCAUUGACGAUUGUAUCACCACCAAAACAAAAACAACAAAAGGCUCCUCACCAACUAUCAAACAAGCUGCAAAUCUGUAUUCGUCGUUACAAGUCAUCGAUUGUAUACACAUCACAAAACGAGUUGGCCAAAAAGAUAAAACAAAAUAUAGAGGCGUUUGAAAAACUAUCGAGUGGAGUCAACAAGUCGGUCGAUGCUACCGACAAGAUUAUCGACGACGUCAACUCGGUGGCCGAUAAUGGUCUCUACAACUAUGAACGUAUUGCUAAAGAGGUGGAUGUGUUGGCUGACACACUCGACGAGUUUAAGCAGUCGAUUGAAGAGACGAGCAAGCAAGCACAACUCACCAAAGCAAGCAACUUUAAGUCAUUGGCAUUGGCAACUGAUUUGGAAUUGCUGACUGAUUAUGUCGGACGUCCAGACUACCAACAAAUGCUGCUCAACCGUCCACUCGACCCCGAGAUCCAAGAAGCACGUGAGCGUAUCACUAAAUCAUAUGUUUCAAUGUCUGCAGACAUCCGUCGUGUCGAAGAGCAUUUGGAACAGACUCAAAGAGAUGCAACUAGUGAAUUCAACACAAUGACACCAUCUGCCUUUUUAUCACUCGUCUAUCAUACCAUUGAUAACCAUAAUCAAGUUGUCACCAAACAACAUGAUAUCCUAUCAACACUAUCAAAUAGAUUAAAGAAACGUACAAAUGUUGGACAACAUUCAAAUCUUUCAUCCUCAUCAUUGUAUGGACGUAGUAGUAUUGGUGGAAAGAGUAGUUGUCAUAAUAUGGGUAAUGGAAAGAUAUCAAAUGAUAAUGUAGACAAGUUGAGAGAAUACUUUUUACAAAAAAUGACAUUGGAAGAAAAGGAAAGAAAGGAAAAGGAACAACAACAACGACAAUUUAAACAACUAAAUGAUCGUGAUAGUGAUGAUGAAUCAGUCAAUCAGUUGGACAAGCAGUUAUCAAAUAUCAAGAUUACAACCAACCCAAUCAAGACUGAAGCAUACCAACUUUUAAUCAAGGGUUUGAAAGAGAAAAAGGUUCAUACGAUCAAACCAUUGUAUGGUAUCCACAAGAGAUACACAAGAUCAGAACAAAUUGCUCCACCAUCAGAUGACUUGUUACUACUAGAGUCUUCGUCAUCCAACAACAAGGGAAAUCAACGUGGUGAAGAGUUUAAUUUAAAUAUUACACCUUAUGAUGCAUUCGAGUCAUCAAAAUAUUCAUUCAAUCCUGCUUCAAAGAGAACUCCAAUUCAUUUUGAAGAUGAAAUUUAUGAUGAUGAUGAAGAUGAAUAUGAAGAAGAAGAAGAAGAAGGUGAAGAAGAAUAUGAGGAAGAUUAUGAAGAUGAAGGAGAGGAAUAUGAAGAAGAAGGAGGAGAAUAUGAAGAGGAAGAAGAGUACCAAGAAGGAGAAGAAGAAUAUGAAGAUGAUCAACAAGGUCAAGAAUAUGAUCGUUCAUAUAAUCAACCACCAUCUAAGAAAUCACCAGCUUCUAAUAAUAACAUUCCAUCUGGAAUGCCAAUUGUUUCACUUCCACAACCAACAACAACACAAAAAUCAAGUCCAUCACCCAAGACAUCACCUUUAAAUACUGCUUCUAGUUCUAUACCAACAUUUAACACAAAUUCAUUUGGUUCUGGUAUUGGAAUUGGUGGUGGUGCAAAUAGUCAACUUGAUACUGGUUUGUUUGGUCAAAAGUCAAUGCUCCCAUCUCAACCAAUAUCAUCUACUCCAUUGUUUGGUAAGCCUGUAAUGGGAACCACCACUAUUUCAUCUACAUCUCCAUUUAGUUCUUCGCUCACUGGAGCUACAACCACCAAACCAUCAUCCACACCAUCCAUUGUAUUCCCUGCAACUGUUGCUACAUCUUCACCAAUAUUUGGUGUUAAACCACCCGAUGCCACCACAGAAACAAAGCCAUCAUUAUUUGGAGGUGCCACUACCGCAGAGACAAAACCACCAUCAUUGUUUGGAGAUAAGACAGCCAGUUCAUUCCCAUCUACUUUAACUGAUACUAAACCAUCCACUACCACCACCACAGCCGCCGCCGCUACCACUACAGAGACAAAACCACCAUCAUUAUUUGGAGGUGCAACAUCACCACCAUCGUUAUUUGGAGGACCCACGUCAUCCAUAUUUGGUGUUAAACCAUCCGAUGCCACUGCCACCACCACAGAAACAAAGCCAUCAUUAUUUGGAGGUGCCACCUCACCAAUUUUCGAUGUUAAACCAUCUGAUGCUUCUGCCACUACUACAGAUACAAAACCACCAUCAUUGUUUGGAGCUACAUCCCCAUCAACCACUACCACCACCACCGCAGAGACUAAACCACCUUCAUCGAUAUUUGGAGGUUCAUCUACAGCUGCUCCAUCAUUGUUUGCACCAAAACCAUCAUCUACUGAACCAAAGGUUGAAGUAUCACCAAAACCAGAUGAAUCAAAACCAGACACCAAACCAGACCUAGUUGAAUCAAAGCCAAAGGAAGAGACAAAAAAACCAGAAGAACCAUCAAAACCAUCGCUAUUUGGAACUACUACUACUACAACCUUGACAGAUUCAAAACCAGAUACAGUACCAUCAUUAUUUGGUACCACUACUGCCAACAAGGAAAAGGAAAAGGAAUCAUCACCAUUAACAUUAUCAGACUUGACAUCAGCCAUUUCAAAGACUGAUGCUCUUCCAUCGUUGAGUCUUAACAGUGAUAAACCACCAGUAUCUACAUCUGCUGCAACUAUUUCAUUUGGUGAUCUUGGAUUUGGUGGAUCAAAGCCAGCAGCAACAACAACAUCAGCAACACCAUCAACUACACCAUUUGGGUUACCACCAUCAACUUCUUCUGUUGCAAGUACGAGCGGACCAUUUGGAGCUGCACAACCACCCGCAUCAACACCAUUUGGACAACAACCUCCAGCUGGUGUAUCAAUAUUUGGUAAGCCUGCUGCAACCACCACAGCUGCUGCUGCACCUUCAGUAGGUCCAUUUGGUCAACAACCAGUGGCUGCCACCCCAGGACCUGGUAUAUUUGGAGGACAACAACAACAACCAACCACUACUAGUGCAUUUGGAAAUCCAACUCCAACUGCUGCUGGCACAAGUGUAUUUGGUAGUGCAUUUGGACAACCCUCUGCUGCACCAGCAGUAGGCACAGCAAGUGUAUUUGGACAACAACAACCACCACAAACUGCUGGAACUAGUGUAUUUGGAGGUGGUGGACAACCAACCAGUGCAUUUGGCAGUACAUCGAGUGCACCAUUUGGACAACAACAAACUGGUGCUUUUGGUGGAUCAGUAUUUGGAGCACAAUCAUCAUCAGCAGCCUCACAAGGAAGUGUAUUUGGUAAACCUGCUCCACAACCACAGAGUGGAUCUGUGUUUGGCAGUCAGACAUCAACCCCAUCAGCAUCAUUUGGAUCAACAAGUGCAUUUGGGUCAACUAGUGCAUUUGGUGGAGGUAGUCAACCCACAACUCAAGCAGGCGGUGUAUUUGGAGGACAACAACAAUCCUCUGCACCAACCAGUGUAUUUGGAGGUGGAGGACAACAACAACAACCAUCCGCAUUUGGAGGUGCCAGUGCAUUUGGUGGACAACAACAACCAUCAGCAUUUGGACAACCCUCUGCUGCACCAUCGACCAGUGCAUUUGGAUCAACAAGCGCAUUUGGAUCAACAAGCGCAUUUGGACAACCCUCUGCUGCACCAACCAGCGCAUUUGGGUCAACUAGUGCAUUUGGUGGUGGUGGACAACAACAACCAUCAGCAUUUGGACAACCCUCUGCUGCACCAACCAGUGCAUUUGGAUCAACAGCACCAGCCCCUGCAUUUGGAUCAUCCAGUGUAUUUGGACAACAACAACCAUCUGCAUUUGGUCAAUCUUCUGCCUUUGGACAACAACCACAGAGUGGAUCUGUUUUUGGAAGUUCCUCCAAAGUAUUUGGAUCUGGUGCAGGUGCAAGUUCAACCUUUGCAAAUUUAGUUAACUUGGGGGAUGGAUAUAGAACCAGAGUUUAA